GCUUGUAGAGGGACAGAAUUAGACUCCGGCAUUGAGACAGACAGUGGAUCAGAGGAAACGAUGUGCCAGAAAAUACCUGUAGAAGCAGACUUCCUGUAUGCAUAUUCUACAGCUCCAGGCUAUUACUCCUGGAGGAAUGCAGCUGAAGGCUCCUGGUUUAUCCAGUCUCUGUGUAAGAUGCUGAAGGAACAUGCCAGGAAACUGGAACUCAUGCAGAUUUUGACUCGUGUCAAUCGCAGAGUGGCCGAAUACGAGUCCUGCUCCACUCGCCAGGAUUUUAACGCGAAGAAGCAGAUUCCCUGCAUUGUCUCGAUGCUCACCAAAGAAUUUUACUUCCCUUCCUAAACGAAUUGCACCUUGGAAUUUUUCAGUUCAUGUUUUUAUCUGUAAUUUAUAUGCAAUGUUAGUACGGAAUACCACUUUUGAAUCUGAAUUGCUGUUCACUACUGCGUGUGGCAUAAUGACUGUCUGAAAGUUAGAUAUGUCCGUUAUUAGAAGUAAAACAUAGUCUGGCUAUGGUAGGAAGGCAAGUUUGAAAGUACUGCUCUAAGUAUCUCAAAAAAUUAGGCAGAGCAAACUGGGGAAAAAUCAGAUCACUUAUCAGAUCUAUUUGGUGCUACAUUUCACUUCACAGAAGGGGCAGAGAAAAGAAACAGUUCUUGUAAAUAGUUUGGUUCUGUCUCUUUGCCAAUAGGAAGGAGAUUGAGAACCUGAUACGUUCACUAAUGAUGGCAAUAUGAUAGCAGUGUUGUCUUACAUUUCUUCUUAACUCCAGUUCUUAAAGUUUAGGUUAUAAACUAACCUAGACUGGUUUUAUAACUUUAGGAAUCAACUGGGGAAAACAGCCACUUCAUUUUUUACAUACAAUUAGGAAGAGUAUUUAGAAUGCAGUCAGGUUUUUUUUUCUGGGUCAUUUUAUAACUUUUCAUAUGGAGUAUUAGGUAAAGCAAUUAUAGCAACACAGUAGCUGU